UCAAGCAGCGCGACGCCGAGCCAAGAAGAAAAGAGUAGUUGAAGGAGCUUUUCUAAUCCCAAUCUGCUUUCGGAGUAGAAGAAGAACAAAAAUGGCGGAUGGUUCGUCAUCGCAAUCGUCCUUCAAGAGUACUCGGGAAUGCUUCAAGGAUUUCUUGGCCGACAGGUAUUCGUUCCUCGACAACUAUUCCAGGUUCCUCAACCGCAACGAACCCCUUCCUUCCUGGUCCUCCUCCGAUGUCGAAGAGUUCAUUGCUUCUGAUCCCGUCCAUGGCCCCACUCUGAAGGCUGCAAAAGAAACAUCAAAAUAUGGUCUUGCAGGAAGUGUUAUUGGAGCAGUUUCAACCGCGGGAGUUACCUGGAAGUAUUCAAGGAGUUUGCAUGGUACUGCAUUGUCCUUCAUAGGUGGAGGUAUCUUCGGUUAUACGAUUGGAGCAGAAAUCGCAAAUCAUGCAUUCCAACUCUACAAAUUGGACACCGUGGCUGCGCAAGUUAAGUUCUUCGAGUGGUGGGAAAACAAACGCAAGAGCGAGGGUCAGUCUUAAACUUCACCUGCUCUCGAAUGUGAUGAAAUAACUUCCUGUCCUUGUUUCUACAAUAAAAUUCCAAAGUGACCUGUGCUGAACUGUUAUAGUUAAAUCUGCAUUGCCUUCUGCUUUAUGGUAGAUUUUUCUAUUUUUGAGUUUUGGAGGAGUUUUCCUGUCUUUUCCUUCCAUAAAUAAAACUAGGAGAUUGCAAUCUUUUAUGUGAAAACUUGUAACAAUUGGUUGGCAUUACAUUGCUCUCUGAAGAAGUCCGCCAAUCCGUUCGUCAUAUCUCAUUCUGCUGUUCAGACAAAAAAAAAAAAAAAAAAGAAAAAAAGAAAAAAAGGAAGACACCUCACUUGGAAUCAUUUGAGUGCCAUAUAAGCUUUUGGUAUUGGAAUCUGGAUUUUAGAUGA